UAUUAACUUCAUGCAAAUUCAAUUCACUACACAAUAAGACAUUAUCCUUCCUCUUCUCAAAUUCUCAAAAAUGAAGGACACUGUAGUUCUUUAUCCUGCUCUUGGUAGUGGACACUUAAUGUCCAUGGUUGAAUUAGGCAAACUCAUAUUAACACAAAACCCUUCAUUUUCUAUCACAAUUCUCAUUCUUACACCACCCAACAACAAACACACCCCCCUUUCUCCACAAGAACAAUACAUAACAUCGGUUUCGGCCACAUUUCCUUCCAUCAAUUUCCAUUACAUUCCUCCAAUUACAUUCACAACAACACUUCCAACACACUUACAAACUUUUGAUAUCUCACACCAAAGCAACCAUCAUGUUCACAAUAUUCUCCAUUCCUUGUCCAAAACCAUAAACCUCAAAGUUGUUAUAUUAGAUUUCUUCACCUAUAGUGCUUUUCAAGUUACUACCAAACUUGAAAUUCCUACUUACUUUUACUUCACUUCAGGUGCAACCGCUCUUUUCACUUUUCUUUACUUUCCAAUUAUUCACCAAAAAGCUACAAAGCCUAUUAAGGAUCUUCAUAUGCCUCUUGAAUUUCCUGGAUUACCAAAGAGUCUUUCAACAGAUGAUUACCCUAAUGAGGCUAAGGAUUCUCAAAGUAAAGAGUACAAAGAUUUGCUUGAUUCGGCGAAAACAGUGAGAGAAUGUGUUGGGAUUAUAAUAAACACUUUUGAUGCUAUUGAAGGGAAAGUUACUAAUGCUAUGAAUGAAGGAUUGUGUUUUCUUGAUGAAACUACUCCAUCUAUUUUUAGUGUUGGGCCUUUGAUUACAUCUUCUUAUGGAGGAGAUGAAAAUGAGUGUUUGAGUUGGCUUGACUCGCAAGCAAGUCAAAGUGUUGUGUUUUUGAGCUUUGGAAGCAUGGGGAGAUUUUCCAAGCCUCAAUUGAAUGAGAUAGCUAUUGGAUUGGAGAAAAGUGAACAAAGAUUUUUGUGGGUUGUAAGAAGUGAAUUGGAGUUAGAUAGUUUGAAUUUGGAUGAGUUGUUGCCGGAAGGGUUUUUGGAGAGGACAAAGGAAAAGGGAAUGGUGGUGAGAAAUUGGGCGCCACAAUAUGCGAUACUAGGUCAUGACUCGAUAGGUGGAUUUGUGACACAUUGUGGAUGGAACUCGGUGUUGGAAGCUAUUUGUGAAGGCGUGCCAAUGAUUGCAUGGCCUUUGUACGCGGAACAAAGAUUAAAUAGAUUGGUUUUAGUCGAAGAAUUGAAGGUGGCUUUGAAGGUGGCCGAAUUAGAAGACGGGUUUGUGACUGCGGAAGAAUUAGGAGAGCGAGUUAAAGAAUUGAUGGAAUCAAACAAUGGAAAAGAGAUUAGAGAUAGGAUUUUGAAAAUGAAAACAAGUGCUAAGGAAGCAAGAGGAGAAGGAGGAUCUUCUCUUGUUGAUUUGAAAAAGUUGGGAGAUUCAUGGAAGGAGCAUGGUUGUUUGAAUAAUUUAUCUCCAAAUUCUCCUUUCCUUUUUAGUUCAUCAACAUAAGAAAUCUUUAAAGAAUAAAAUUUGAAAGUUGUAUUUGAAACUAAUAAAAAGUUUUGAAAGUGUGUAAUUUAAUGAGGAGUGAAUUAAAAUUAGUGUAAUGAGUAUAUUUUAUAUAAUGAAAAAUUAUGUUCAUACA